UCCCCAGUGGGCAGUUUCCUGGCUCAAGGGGCAGGUGUGACACCGAAGGGCCUGGAGGUAGAUUCAGAGGAUGGGAUGGAUGCAGACGGGGUGUCCAGUCCGCAGGACCAGCUGGGCCUGUGGGUGUUGCUCCACCAGGCAGAGGGGUUUGUAACUGAGUCAUUGUCCGGACAGAGCACAGGGCAGGCAGGUUAGACUGGAGCCCCCGCAGGGGUGACAGAGCCAGGGUCCCUCUGCCUGAUUUCUAUGCGAAGAGCCUUGGCUCUUCCUGUGCGGCAUUUCAGCAGGUGAGCGGCCCGGCAGUAUAGGUCCAAAGGAUAAGAGAGGUGCUGACUCAGAAAGGAGGUGUGGGCCGGAUGACCUGCCCUGGCCCAGUGCUCCAGGGCGAGCCCAGACAGGACCGGCUGCAGGCAGGUCUAGGGUAAGCCCCUUGGAGGCAGAAUAAGCCCCGACAACUUGCCCGGGAUCCAGGGUCAGGGGACCAGGUUCUCUUGGAGGUCCCAUGGCCUCCCUGGGCCUCAGCUUCCCUUCUGCAAUGUGCUGCCCCCGAGAAAGGCCACCCUGUGGAGGUAGAUGGGCACCCAGACUUAAAGGUUCUGGCUCCAGUUAACGUUCAGAUGUAGCCAUCUAGUCAAGUCAAAGCCCCAGAAUCUGCUGAACUGGCCACACUGGGAAGGGCCAGCUGCCUGGGAGACCUGGUACGUCCUCCUACAAUGGGGGCCUCCCCAGAACUUUGGGGCUCUGGUUGGGGCAAGGACGCUCCAAGUGCUGGGCAGGCCUUCUGCUCUGUGCAGCAAGAAGACAUACCAGCUGGUCUUGGGAGGCUCCCUCUCUGCCGCUCUGUCCUCAGGCCAGGCGUGCGCCUGGGCUGCCUGUUAUGCUGAUACCAGCUCGGGUGGUCCCAGGCCCUGGGGAGGGAGCCAAGUGGAGAGAAUGUCCUGCUGUGUCCAUUCAACCCGGAGGGACAUGUGACACCCACACCUGCUUCCUGCUUUCAAGUUCAAGACACUGGGCCUCAGUGCACAGACUAGAGCUGCCCCCCCGACCCCGCCCCCGUCUCCUGUGGCUCCUCUUUGCUGGGAUGGGGCAGAGGCAGGACCGUAGGAUGGUGGCCUCUCUGGCCACCGUGGGGUCCCUCUCACUGCUCCUCUGGCCUACAUCAUUCCUAGGUCUCUGAGGCACAUGUGGGAGCUAUUGGGGGCCCCUGUGGGUGGCAAUGGCUCUGUUGGACCUCCCAGGACCCCCAGCCUCUCUCAGGAGCCCAAGGGACAGGGUGGCGGGUCACCUGCCCCACAGAUGUCCCUCCAGGCCCCUUCUCUGCAGACCUGCUGGGGCCACCUUGGUCAGCAGGUGAUCCCCACCACUCCGGGCUACUCCCCAGAACCUCCUGACCCUGGCGACCCUGCAGGGCAUGGGGACCCCCCGAGUCCCCACGCGGACUGUGCUCUUCCAGAGCGAAAGGAGCGGCCUGACCUACCGCGUGCCCGCGCUGCUCCUAAGGACCAUGGAGGUUGUACCAUCCUCGACCCCUAAGUCCGCAAACGGGUGUUGGUCAGGUAACCAGCAGCCCCUCCCGUCUGCAGACUGGGCCACGUUUGCCGUGGGCCCAGGCCAUGGCAUCCAGCUGCGCUCGGGCCGCCUGCUGGUGCCGGCCUACACCUACCAUGUGGACCGGCGUGAGUGCUUCGGCAAGAUCUGCAGGACCAGCCCCCACGCCUUCACCUUCUACAGCGAUGACCAUGGCCAGACCUGGCAUCAUGGCGGCCUCCUGUCCAACCUGCGCUCGGGCGAGUGUCAGCUGGCUGUGGUGGAUGGAGGGCAGGCGGGCAGUGUCCUCUACUGCAAUGCCCGGAGCCCCCUGGGCAGCCGUGUGCAGGCCCUCAGCACAGAUGAGGGCACCUCCUUCCUGCCAGGAGAGCUGGUGCCCACCCUGGCUGAGACGGCCCGGGGUUGCCAGGGCAGCAUCCUGGGCUUCCCAGCCCCACCCUCUAAUAGGCCUGGUGAUGAGGGAUGGUCAGUGGGCUCCAGGAAGACUCCCUUUCCUCCAAAUCUCUGUCCUGGAGCCCACGAAUCCCCAAAGGAGGGGGCUGGAGACACCCAAAGGGGUAGGGGGCUGGGUGGGACAAAGGGAUGUGGGGGCGGGACAGAGGGAUCAGGGGACCCUAGCCCAGGGCCUGAGCUCAGUGGGGACAGGAGGGCCUGGUCCCUGCAGCUCCCUAGGCUCCCUGCUGCCCUGCCUCAGAGCCCCACGUGGCUGCUGUAUUCCCACCCAGCGGGGCGCAGGGCUCGGCUCCAUAUGGGUGUCCACCUGAACAGGUCCCCCCUGAACCCGCACAGCUGGACGGAGCCUUGGGUGAUCUACCAGGGCCCCAGCGGCUACUCUGACCUGGCAUUCAUCGGGCCCACCCCUGAGGGCGCCCUGACCUUCGCGUGUCUAUAUGAGAGCGGAGCCAGGGUGUCCUAUGAGGAGAUCUCCUUCUGCGUGUUCUCCCUGCGCGAGGUCCUAGAGAAUGUGCUUCCGGGCCCCAAGCCAACCGGCCUGGGGAGCAAGCCUCGGGAGCAGUGCUGGCCCUCCUGAAGGGCCCUCUGACCAGGCCUGGCCAGGUGCACCCAGGAGGAGGGGGGAGGGCAAGGGCCUGGAUGGAGCUCUGGGUGAUCCCUCAAGAAGCACCUUUGACCUUCGACUUCUUCAUGGAGAGCCCUGAGGGUAGGUCUUCAUGAAGGACCCUGUGCAAGGACACAGAAGUUCAGUUUUAAUACUGAAACAAGCAGGCUUUGAGAAGAGCUCACAGCUGGAAGCCAAGGGAGGUGGGCUCUCAGCCUUGUAGGGGCAGGCGAUGGGCCGUGGGCAAGGGUGACUGGGACCCUUAGACUAGAGCAAGGUGCUGCACUGUCCUGGUGUUUGGCUCUUUAAUCUCACUCUGCUUUCUGGUUUCUGGAUGGGAAAUAAAGGGGUUGUGC